AUGAGUGAAGAAAUUAAAGAAAGUUAAGAGCAACAAAUCAUUAAGACCCAAUAAAUUUACCAGUAAAUGAACCCUGAGACUUAGGCAGUCAUAGUAAGAGAUAUUAAAGAUGCAGCCAAAAUGUACGACGCUGAAAGAAUAAUGCAAGGCAUCAAAACCUAUGACGAUUUGAGUGAGUAGUUCAAAGUAGACCCGACGAAAGAUAUUAAUCAGAACAAAAUAUCUUUAAGCAAUGACAUGUUUGAAGACUAUAAACUUGUAUUAAAGGAUAAUACCCCUGACUUCAAGUAUCUAGCAGGUACCUUGAUCAUCAUGUAUCUAGAAGCACUAGAGGGUAGACCAGCCAAAGUAUUGGAGUUCCCAACUAUCAUCCCAGCAGAAGGGCGUUCUAUUAUUCACAAUUUUGCUGACGAACUUGGCCUGUUUUCCUAUUCACAUGGAGCUAAAAAGAAUAGGCAAAUUGUAGUAUUCCCAAAGACAAUGUUCUUGGAAACUCAAGAAACUGAGACUGUGAAAAUGGAGAAGGAGAAGAGCAAGCUGAGAGUUAAGUUUAAGGACUAUAAAUUCAGUCAUGAGCCAGACCCAAAUGCAACAAAUACUAGAGAUAAGAUGAUAAGAGAAAUCUACUUUGAAUAAAAAGGCAUCCAUGACCCAAUAGUCAAGCCUUCAUAUGCUGGACCCUUCCAAAAUAAAUUGCCAGAAUUUAAGAAGAUGAUUUAGAAGAUAUAGGAAAGUGAACUUAAGAAGCAAGCAAAGUCUGAUGAAAUAAGCCGAAAACUUAAGGAAGCUCAAAAAAGUGAAGAGUCUAUCGAGCACUCACCUAAAUCAACCACCGAGACUCGUAAAUCUAAACCUUAAGUCAUAGACUACGUGGGCAAUAUGGAUUCACGUGACCAAGAGGAAAUUAAAGUAGAUCCAAGAGACCGCAAAUAGCUUUAAAAGUUGGUCUAAGAUGGAGAUAGUGAUGAUGAAGCCAAAAGAAAAGAAGAAGAAGAUGAAUACUUCAUGAGUUUGACUGAAGAGGAAAAACAAGCCUACAGAGAAAAAUAAGAACGUAUCAAGAAAGAAAAAGAACAGGAGUUCAAGAAGCUUGAGGAGUAUCACAAACAAUUAAAGCAGACUAGUCUCAAGACAUUCAAGGAUAGACCUGAUGCUAUUAAAGAGAUAAGAUGCGUGCACACUGACAGUGAUUUAGUUGCUUUUGAAUGGGAUGAGCCAGCUGAUAAUAACAGCAGGAUUCUCAGAUAUCAUAUAUAUGUCUCUGACUUUACUAUAUCCAAAGAUCAUGUCUACUAAUAAGAUUUCUCUUAAGAAAUACAAAGGAAAAACUAAACUUUCAAGAAACUUGAUACUAUCCCAAAUGUAGAAAAUGAAUUAUUCUAUACAAUGACUGACUUAAAACCUAAUACCUGCUAUUUCGUUUAAGUAACAGCUGAAAAUGAAUUGGGAGAAGGUUACAAACAAGAUUAACCUGAACUAAUUAUGACCGCCCCAUUCACUGUGAAAGGUAAAAAAUCUAAUUUAUAUGUCUGGGGAUCUAACCAUAACUCAGAGCUUGGUAUAUCGGAUGAACAAGCAAAGGUAAAUGCUGGUGACUAUGUAAAACAUUCAAUGAAAAAGGCUAUCAAAAAUAAAUAGUUUGAAAGUGGUAAUGUUAGAUAAAUAUCUUGUGGAAACGUCUCAACUUUAUUCCUGUAUGCUGAAUAAGACUCAACUUAGAUUAUGAUAAUCUAAUCAGGAAUGACUAUUAUUCAAACUGAGAAGCAUAUAAAUGAAAGUAAAAUUAACUACACUGAGGAGGAACUAGAUUAAGUUCAAUAUAUACCUUCGAUUCCCUUUGAAAUAUUCUUUAAUAUUCCUGUUGUAAAAGUAUGCUGUGGAGAUCUCUUUUAAUUAUUGCUGACGGCCGAAGGUUAGGUAUUUUCAUGGGGGUAAAAUUUAUACGGAUAACUUGGUCUUAAAGAUAAUACUAUAUCUGCUACUCUAUAACCCUAGCUAGUCAAAUUUUCAAAUCCACUAGACAGAAUCAUUGAUUUAGUUUCUGGUUUUAACAGCUGCAUUGCGCUUAACCAAGAAAAUCAAGUUUAUGUAUGGGGUAAAAGAAUGGGAUAUUAUCCUACUUUUGAUAUGAAUUAUCAUGCAAUAAGAAAUUCAACAUAGAUAUAAACUACUGAGAUUAAUUAAUAAGACCCAAGGCUUUUGAAAGGUAAUUUAGUCUAUUACAAGAUAAAGAAAGUAAUAUCUGGUCCAUCAAAUAAUGCGCUUAUCACUGAAAGUGGUCAAGUACUAUUGUAAGGACUCAACGAUCAUGGCUAGUUAGGUGUUGGAGAAGAACUUGGAAGUAUUUUAUAUUUCUUCCCAGAAUUUAUGAAGUAUGACUACUUUAGUAGCAGAAAACUAUUUGUUUUAGAUGUGUAAUUUGGCUUAUGCCACACUCUAAUUUUAUGUCAUGAUCCUACUUUAAAUAAGAAUAGAGUAUUUGGCUGUGGUUCUACUAAGAUUGGCUAAUUAACUCUUAAGAAAGAUGAGCUCCUGUUUGAUUUCUUUGAGCUAACAGAUUUGCUUAUAGAUACAAAAACAUAAUUACCUAUUGAAGUAGUUUCUAUAUCUUGUGGAUCUUUCCACAGCUUAUUUACGUCAAAGGAUGGCAGAGUAUUUGGCUGUGGUAAAAACAGCAAGGGCUAACUGGCUUUUAGAAAUACAGCUUCAACUGGUAAAAAUUAAUUCGGCUUAGUUGAGUUAAAGAUCCUACUAGCAUAGAAUGAAAAACUGAAGCAGGUUAGUAGUGGUAGUUUGUAUAGUAUGGCAAUUACUGAAAUGGUUUGA